AUGGCUUCCCGAGCUGUGGCGAUUUUUUGGUUUCUUAGUACAGCUACUCUCUUGGCUGGUGAGACUAUGAUCCUAACAGUACCUCUUUCUGACAAUACCAACCUUGUCUUAAGUCCAGUGGCUACCCAGUUUUCUUGUGAGAACAAGACAUACGGCUACUACGUUGACGUAGAGGCAGCUUGUAAAGUUUAUCACAUUUGUAAUCCUUACAUUGCAGAACAGGGACAGGAAAAGGUCAUUCAGUACGUCCACUACAGUUUUUACUGCCGGGAAGAAACAAUUUUCAACCAGGCUACGCUAGCCUGUGAACCACCCGAACAAGCUAUUCCUUGCGGACAGACCCCAGUAUACCAUUCAGAUGCUAACCAUAACGUUAAUCCUGAACCAGAGUCAUCGUAA